CGCAGGGAGCUGACCCUCCGUGACACUCUGGCCAAUCGCACGCAAAUCACCUACGAACCGUUUAACGACACCCAGAUCGCAGAGAUGAACUCUCAGGUCCGCAGAUAUCUGGAGGGGAAGAUAGACGAGAUAGAAAUUCUUAGCCUCAGACAAAUCCAGGAGAUAUUUUCUCAGUUCAAACUUAUUAUGAAAAAUCAGGAGCAGGAAGUGGAGUCCAGACUGAGAAAGAAAUACAUUCAAGACUCUGCAGCCCUGUCGGAGGCACAGAAGGCCGGUCUGGUGGACGCAGAGGGCCAGUUGGUCGGAGAAUUGGACGGCAAUGGUUUUGGGAUUGGAGUGGCACCAUUCUCUUCAAAACCUAAUAGUCCAAGAUCUGCAAAGAAACCCAAGAGCCGA